AUUUCUUAGCGUUCCCUCCAAUGCGUAUCGUCCUCUAGUCCAUUUUUUCCCUCGUUAUCAGUAGCAAAUCGCAAAACUGAUGGCCCUGUUGUUCGACGUAUGAGUUGGAUCAAUCUCAAGGAUUCCUCGCUACGAGGAUAUUUGUUUGCCUCCCGCCCGUUGUAGUUUCGACCACUACCUUAUCCCCAUCCAUUUUUUUAUUUUCGGAAUGGCCAUGCCCUAGACCCAAUUCGAGGUUUGACUCGAUUCUCCUCGACUCCGCUAGCUAGCAAGGAGAAAAAAAAAAACUACUCGGCUUUCUGCCAGAUAUCUCCAGUGCCGUCUGUGAGGACUACUAUUAUCUGCGCCAUUGGCCUAUGAGAUGUUGAUCCGAUCAUGUCCUCUCCAAACUUCGGCUUUACUCCAUGGCGAAGACGCGCCUCGUCCCUGACAUUACAAUCGCAUGGUCGCGAGGACGUAGGGCCAUCGCCUACAGGCAGCCCUGCUCACAGUGUUCAUCCGACAACGGCUGAUGGCUCGAGGCCAUUGCCCACCUUUGCCACCUCUGUACCGAGAGAACCCAUCCGAUCCUUCAUCCACAGUUCCCUCCGGGACGAUCUCGGCCCUGCCCACAUAGUUGAGGAUGCUCGUAGCGUUCGCGAAGACACCGCAGAGUUGGCCUCCUAUCUUCUAUCCGACAAGAGAAACAUCCCGCAAGCUCCCGCGUUCUUGACUCGUCGACGCUCCCAGACACCUCUACCACUGCCACCGCCGCAACUUCGAACGCCUGAGAUUCACGACGUCACUUCCGUCACAGGCCCGGAACUUCCUCACUCUGCGGCCGACACAAUACAGGAGGUCUCGGAACCUUCAUCUCCAACUGAAGAACGACACUGGGAUGAAGAUGGGGACGGAGAAGGCGUGCCGGACGAAGGCCCGUCCAUGUUGACGAACCUGUUGCGCAAGUCCCCUCCCCAGUCGCGUCAUGGCAUAUCCCCCGAACGUCCCGCAGAAGCGGGAAGGUCGGCUGUGCGAAAGCGCUCACAUUCAGGCGAGAGGAAUGGGGAACAACCAAGCCCAGAUAGUGUCGACGAAGAAGCAAGCGAACACACGCCCCUCCUCAAGAAGCAGCCUUCUGCCGAGACUCAACACACCAAUGGGAGGGACACUCUAGAGGACGUCGAAAGCCAGAAACCCGAGACGCGGAGGCGGUGGCUAGGCAGGAUAAGGAACGCCGGCCGACGCGUCCAGACUCGAUGCGUGCAUGCGGCCAAAGCUGCUACGAAUCCCAGCAUCUGGACGCCUACAGCUCUCUGGCGUAAUCUGGUGGUAACGCCGGCUUCGUGUCUGCCUGCGGUCAUGGUCGGACUUUUGCUCAACGUUCUCGAUGCACUAUCUUACGGAAUGAUUCUGUUUCCCCUGGGCAAGCCCAUCUUCGCACAUCUUGGCUCAGCUGGCAUCUCCAUCUUUUACGUCAGCACCAUUGUUUCCCAGCUCAUAUUCUCGUCUCGCAGCAAAUUCAGGGGUGCGGUCGGAUCAGAACUGAUCGAAGUUGUUCCCUUCUUCCACAAUAUGGCCCAAACUAUCACCGACAUUAUUGGCCAAGACGAACCCGACGCCGUGAUCGCCACAACAAUCACGUCUUACGCUCUCAGCUCUAUGGUCACAGGAACCGUCUUCUAUCUUAUGGGCAAGUACAAUUUUGGCUACAUGGUUGGGUUUAUUCCGAGGCACAUCCUCAUCGGAUGUAUCGGCGGCGUCGGUUGGUUCCUCGUUGCUACUGGCUUCGAAGUAUCGGCUCGUCUGAGCGGCAGCCUCGAAUACGACCUGGAGACCUUGCGCAAACUGAUUCAGCCCGACACGGUCCUCCUCUGGGCUUUCCCCCUCUUGUUGGCCAUCAUCCUCUUCUAUGGCCAAUCCAGGGUGGCUUCCAAGUACUUCCUACCCCUCUACAUCAUCGCCAUCCCGGCCAUAUUCUAUUUCUUUGUGGCCGUCAUUGAACCCCUGAAUGUCGAUCAUCUUCGUGACAACGGCUGGAUUUUCGACGGCCCACCGGCAGACGAACCCUGGUGGUAUUUCUGGACCUUGUACAAAUUUCACCUCGUGCGGUGGGAUGCCGUGAUGGAUACAGUGCCUGCCAUGCUGGCGCUCACGUUCUUUGGAAUUCUCCAUGUCCCCAUCAAUGUGCCCGCAUUGGCGUUGCAAACUGGUGAGGACCACGUGGAUCUCGACAAGGAGCUCAAGCUCCACGGCUAUUCCAACUUCUUCUCCGGGCUGGCGGGCAGCAUUCAGAACUACCUGGUCUACGCCAACACCGUCUUCUUCAUGCGGUCUGGCGGUGACAGCCGUCUCGCCGGGUUCAUGCUGGCAGCAAUGACUUUCGGCGUCAUGACCGUGGGGCCCACCAUCAUCGGGUUCAUACCCGUCAUGAUGGUCGGAACCCUCAUUUUUGACCUCGGGUUCGAACUUCUGCUAGAGGCUGUGUGGCUGCCGAGGAAGAAGCUGAAGGUGGCUGAAUACUUGACGGUGAUUGCAAUCGUGCUCAUCAUGGGCAUCUACGAUUUUGUCAUCGGAAUAGGCGUAGGCAUUUUGCUUGCCUUCAUCUCCCUGAUCAUUCAGACAUCCAGGGUACCUGCUGUCCGAGCAAGCUACAACGGCGACAUUGUGGGAUCAACCGUCCGUCGUAACCCUUCUCAGCAUCGGUAUCUGCAGAAGGCCAGACGGCAGAUCUACAUCGUCAAGUUGACGGGAUUCCUGUUCUUCGGCACCAUCGUGAGCGUGGAAGAGAAAAUCAGGGCAUUGAUAGAGGACGACACGUUCUCGGAACGACCCAUCAAGUUCCUGGUGCUGGAUCUGUACCACGUCACCGGACUGGACUACUCGGCCGGGGAGGCAUUCAACACCAUCAGUCGGUUGUUGGACAACAAGGGCGUCAUACUCGUCAUCAGCGGAGUAGACGCGGAGAGUAACCUGGGGCGCACCCUGCGGGCCGUAGGUCUCGGCAACGGAUCUGUCGAGGUGACUCUGCUCCCGGACCUCAACUCGGCACUGGAGAGCUGCGAGAACGAGCUCCUCAAGACGCUGUACGCCAGCGAGGAAGAGUUCCACGGAGGUCCUCGCAAUGCGCCAUCCUCGAGCUUGGAUGUACCGACCAAGUCGCCUCUCAGCUCUCCGCCGGAACUAGUGCUGAAUUCGCCGCGGCAGAGCCAUCUGCACGCGGCCGCCAAGGACGUGCUCAGCAGCACAGAAACGUGGCGGAGCACGCGGUGGCGGAGCUUCAAGGAGCCGCUCCGGCUCAUGCUGCAGAUCUUCCAAAGCGUGAGCAAGCAGAACGAGGACUUUUGGUUCCGGGCCACGUCGUACUUCGUCCGCAAAGAAUACGCCGCCGGGACGGUGCUGUUCCGGCGGGGGGACCCGGCCGACGGGUUCUACCUGGUGGAGGAGGGCAUCCUGCGGGCCGAGUACGACUUGCCGCAGGGCUGGCUGGCCGAGAGCAUCGUGGCCGGGACGACGUGCGGCGAGCUGCCGUUCUUCUCGGAGACGGAUCGCACGGCGGACGUGGUGGUGGAGCGGGAUUGCGUGGUCUGGUUGAUAGACAAGGAGGGCUGGAGCAAGUUGCAGAAGGACGAGCCGGAGGUCACGCGGGAGCUUUUGCGUAUUUCGCUGAAGCUCACGAGCGAGAGGAUGAGCUCCAUUACUGCGUACACACUGACGAUGGCGGGCUGAUGAUGGACGACGGGAAUGUGGGCGGUGGAUUCGACGUCGAACAGGCCGUCUCCGCUUGGGGCGGUAAUUUGCUUUGCGAGGAGGUGGGAAAUGAUGGCGUUGAAUGGAGAAGACAGUAAAAAUACCCAGCGAAAAUAAAAUAACAAUGGAGGCCC